AUGAGGCGGAGGACCUUCCUACUACAGUGUUGUCUCUUGGUUACAUGUCUCCUUAUUGCUUUUGAAGCUGUGCCUAUAGACAUAGACAAAACAAAGGUGAAAAGUCCUGAACCUGUGGAAAGUGCAAAGAUAGAACCACCAGAUACUGGACUUUAUUAUGAUGAAUAUCUCAAACAAGUGAUUGAUGUGCUGGAAACAGAUAAACACUUCAGAGAAAAGCUCCAAAAAGCAGACAUAGAGGAAAUAAAGAGUGGAAGGCUAAGCAAAGAGUUGGAUUUAGUAAGUCAUCAUGUGAGGACAAAACUGGAUGAACUGAAAAGACAAGAAGUAGCAAGGUUAAGAAUGUUAAUUAAAGCUAAAUUGGAUUCCCAUCAAGAUGUAGGUAUAAACCACCAAGCUCUUCUAAAGCAGUUCGAUCACCUAAACCACAUGAAUCCCGACACGUUUGAAUCCACAGAUUUAGAUAUGCUAAUCAAAGCGGCUACAAGUGAUCUAGAACACUAUGACAAGACUCGACACGAAGAAUUUAAAAAAUAUGAAAUGUUGAAGGAACAUGAAAGAAGAGAAUAUUUAAAAACACUGAAUGAAGAAAAGAGAAAAGAAGAAGAAUCUAAAUAUGAAGAAAUGAAGAAAAAGCAUGAAAAUCACCCCAAAGUUAACCAUCCAGGAAGCAAAGAUCAACUGAAGGAGGUAUGGGAAGAGGCUGAUGGACUGGAUCCUGAUGACUUUGACCCCAAGACAUUUUUCAAAUUACAUGAUGUCAAUAAUGAUGGCUUCCUGGAUGAACAAGAAUUAGAAGCCCUGUUUACUAAAGAGUUGGAGAAAGUCUAUGACCCUAAAAAUGAAGAGGAUGAUAUGAUAGAAAUGGAGGAAGAAAGGCUUAGAAUGAGGGAACAUGUAAUGACUGAGAUUGAUGCUAACAAAGACCGAUUGGUGACUCUGGAAGAAUUCUUGAAAGCUACAGAAAAAAAGGAAUUCCUGGAGCCAGAUAGCUGGGAGACAUUGGAUCAGCAGCAACUCUUCACAGAAGAAGAACUUAAAGAAUAUGAAAAUCAUAUCUCUUUGCAAGAAGAUGAACUUAAGAAGAAGGCAGAAGAGCUUCAGAAACAAAAAGAGGAGCUACAACGUCAGCAUGACCAACUUCAAGCUCAGAAGCUAGAAUACCAUCAGGCUGUACAGCAGAUGGAACAGAAAAAAUUACAACAAGGAAUUUCUCCAUCAGGGCCAGCUGGAGAAUUGAAAUACCAGCCACACGUUUAAAUUCCGAAGCCCACCAGAACCAGGAAGAAAAUGGUUAACUCAACAUGUUUCAUCUUCUUACCACCCCUCCUUUUUAUCUGCUCAAUAAAUAUAUUAAAA